AUGGCGGUCAAUGUGUCCGAUCGCGGCACCGUUGGCUGUGCGUACUAUGUUGCCAGGACCGAGACACUUCAUUUCAUGGAAGACGCCCAGCUUGGAGGAGCCGAUAUCGUUGACGCACUCAAGUUGUUCAUCGAUCCGACCGUCAUCCUGACAAGCACCAAAUGCAGUGAGGAAGCAAUUGAGCAUUUGGAUCCUGAGAUCCGGAAUCCGCAAGUCUCGGUUGACGGCCGCAGUGAUCAGACCAGAUUGCCCUACCUUUUGGAGUGCCGUGCGGGUGCAGAGUUCAGCUAUGACUCUGCCAGGAACAAGCUUGUCGGUCUGCGGAUCGGUCAGCAUGGCGGGCCUGCUGUUACUUAUGUUGUUCCUGGUGAUGUUCUCACGCAUGACGAUAACCUUGAAGACCAGGAAGGGGGCUCGACCGGUCGACAAGCACAGCUGUUACGCUUGUCAGGAUGGAUCAACCUCGAAAGCAGGUCGACUGUAGGAUGUGCUGGCGCCGUUCUCUCAUACAUCCAGAGGAGACGCUCGACGACAUAUCUUCCUGGCGAUCAUGAAUCUGAAAACUUGUUUCGAAUCAGCACGGUUGAGAUGUUCAGCUUGAGAGAUUCAAUGUUCAUCAACGCAGACGCCCUCUUAUCAUUACAGAUCAUGUCGACGGAGGCCCAUCCCAACGCACAGCAGCAAGGUCCAUCAGGCAACAAGAACAACUCUGGAGGCUCAAAAGAAGGACUUUCGGUAUAUGGUUUGUUUCAUCCUCUAGCAAAGACUCCGCAGGGAAGACACUUGCUGCGACAGUAUUUUCUGCGGCCCAGCACCAACCUCAACGUGAUAACUCAACGCCUCGAUACUUUGACUGUACUUGGAAAGCCCGAAAAUUCAGCUCUCCUCGAUCGUUUGACUGCCUCCCUGUCGAAUGUCCGGAACAUUCGGCUUGCUACAAUCUCUCUUCGAAAAGGGAUCAGUAGUGGUCUGAACAGAGACAAGGGAAUUUCAACGUCGGUUUGGUACAGUUUGCGGCAGUUCGUCUUCUCGGCUCUGCAAAUCAAAGAUGCUCUAGCAGAGAUUCACGGCGCCGAAAGACUGUCAAUUUGUGUCAAAUUCGCCGAGCAAUUCGAUAGCCGCCUACUCGCUGAAGUUGGACGGUCGAUCGCCGACGUGGUGAAUUUCGACGAGUCCAAGGUUGCGAAGCGCACUAUGGUAGUCACAGGGCUUAAUCAAGAUCUCGAUGAGGCCAGGCGCACUUACGCGGGCAUUGAGGAUAUGCUGUCAGAAGUCGCAACUCACAUCGCCCAACAGGUCCCCAACCAGUUCGUCUCUACGGUGAAUGUGAUAUCAUUUCCGCAGAUUGGCUUCCUGAUCUCCAUUGAGCAUGAUGAGGGGACGUUGUCGACCAGCUAUACCGGUCCUCAAGACGAUCCGUGGGAGCAGAUGUUCACCACCGAAUCUCAUUCGUACUUCAAGAACUCCAACAUGAUGGAGAUGGAUCAGGAAUUUGGCGAUAUUCAUGGCCGUAUACUGGAUAUGGAGAUUGAAAUCAUUCAGGAGUUGGGCCAACGCGUGCUUGAGUAUCAAGAUGUUCUCGACACAACGUCCGAUAUGUGCGGAGAGCUGGACAGCUUCGUUGCUCUGGUCCGUGGAGCUCAGCAAUACCACCUAGUCCGGCCUCAUAUGACCGAGGACAACAUCAUUGAGAUCAAGGGCGGGCGUCAUCCAUUGCAGGAGCUUACUGUUCCAAGUUAUGUACCGAACGACACCCGCCUCAUGGGGGGCCCAGGCGACGUGGCUAGCGACGGUCAGCCAAAUGAUACGCCAGUACACGAUGCACAUGGAUCUUACAACCGAGCAAUGCAGAAUGAUCGGAGCGUUCCAGCGCGCCUUGCCCCAAGCAUGAUCUUGCUCACCGGUCCCAAUUACUCAGGGAAGAGUGUCUAUCUGAAGCAGGUUGCAAUGAUAGUUUAUAUGGCGCAUGCCGGCAGUUUUGUGCCGUGUGAGAGAGCCAGGAUUGGAUUGACCGACAAGAUUCUGACCAGAAUCGCAACGAGGGAAAGCGUUUCGCGCAUUCAAAGUGCCUUCAUGAUCGAUCUCCAGCAAAUCUCCAUGGCACUGAGUCUCGCCACUCGUCGUAGUCUCCUCAUCAUUGAUGAGUUCGGCAAGGGAACUGAGUCGUACGACGGUGCCGGACUGGCAGCUGGAGUAUACGAACACCUCUUGUCCCGUGGCGCCGACUGUCCCAAAGUCCUAGGCGCCACUCAUUUUCACGAAAUUUWCGAAUCUGGGUUCCUUCCGCCCCGGCCUGCUCUGGGAUUUGCUCAUAUGGAAGUCAGACUUGACGAGAGCUCUGAAAAUGUCGACGAUCAGAUUACCUACCUCUACAACUAUCGCCCUGAACGUAGCACAUCUAGCUUCGGCACAAGCUGUGCAGCAAUGAAUGGAAUCGACAGACAGGUAGUGAAUCGGGCUGAUGACCUUAUUUUGCUUGCUGCCAGAGGAGAGGAUCUGGUUGAGAUAUGCGCCGAGCUGCCGGAGGGUGAGCUGCAAGAGUACACCAUGGCGGAAGACAUUGCUCGCGAGUUCCUCGCUCUGGACCUCUUUGAUGAGCCGCGUGGAUUGCUCGAUGAUCUGCUUGCGUUGACUUCGAGUGUUUCUUAG